AUGUCUUAUAGACCAAUUGUAAACAAAUUUACACUUACUCAAACUUAAAAUUCUAAUUAACUUAAUUGGAAUGACCUAAUAAUUUCAAAUCAAAUUGUAUAAUUACCAUAUGAUAAAGCAUCAGGUAAAUUUUAAAUUUUUGGGAAAAAAAAUAACCUCAAUUUAAAAGAGUUUUGUUAAUUAAUACUAUUUUAAGGAUAUUUAUUAGAUAUUUAAGAAAAAUUUUAAUUAUUGCCCUCUUAUUCAAUAUUUUAAUUUAAUAAUCCACAGGGAGAAUUAGUUAAUGAUUAGGACUUAAAUAUUAAAAAAUUAAUAAGUGAAUCCAAUUUGGAAGUAGUAUCAAAAUUAAAUAAUAAUUUAUUAUCUUCAAAAGAUUAAUUAAUUAGUCUAUUUGAAACUAUAAAUUAAUAAUUUACACCAAAUGUUUCCAAAAUCUAAUCAAAGUUAAACAAUUAAAUAUCAAGUGAUGAUAUUAUUUAUACAAUUAAGUAGAUUAAACUAUAUACUUAAUCGUUGGUAUUUAAUUUAUAUGAACUUAAUAUUAUGAUAAAUUAAGAAAGAUAAACUAUUAAAAUAAUCCAAAAUGUUUUAAUUUAAAAUAAAUAAUUUUAUAAAGAAAAGAGCUUAGCAUAUUAAACUUCAAUAAUAUAUAUUAUUAAAGAAUUGGAAGAAAAAUAUGAAUAAGAAUAUAUAAUUAACUUUAAAAAAUUUCCAAUUUAUUUAAUCUCAAUAUUCCACAUAUUGUCAGUAUAUUAAGAUGAAGUGAAUUCUACAAAUUUUAUACCUGAAACCUCAAAAAUUAGAAUUCAAAAAUGUAAAUUUGAUUAAAAAUAAUUUUAAGAGGCAUUUACAAAUUUUGUUAAUUAUGUUGAUAAGUAUAGCAUCUAAUAAAAAUCAAUUAAACGAAAAUUUUUUAAAAUAUAUGAAUCAAAAGAAAUUCAUUUAUUUUUAUAAGAGAAUUUCAUAAAGAUUUCAAUCUUAGAUACUAAUUAAUAUAUAUAAUUUCAACUUUAUUUAAUAAUUAGGAGGUGAAUUUGUCGAGUAUUAUAACAAAUGCUUUAUUCAAUAAAAAGAAUUGUCCUAAAUUGAUCUCAGACAACAUAGAAUAGUGAGCAAGUAAAUUAUUAUGAUUUUAAAACUUGUAAAGCAGUUAUUAGCUAUCGAAUAAAGAAAAAUUGUCUCACUUAACACUUAUAAAGAUAACGAAAAUUCAAGAGUGAAUACCCAAUAAUAGGAUUAAAUAAAAGAUUAGUAAAAUAUCAAUGUAUUUUUAGAAAAGAUAAUAAUUGAAAGAAGAACAAUAUUAUAAAAAUUACAUGAUAAAUUUGGGGUUUAGAUAUAAGCUGAUAUUCAUUAAGUAGAUUUUAAUUAAAUUAUAACAUCAUUAGAAUGAAGGGAUUGAUUUAAUUCAUAAGUAAAAUUGGUCUGAAGUAUUUAAAAGCAAGCAUAUCUUGAAAUUCAAGGAAAUUAAAAAUAAACUAUAGAUACUUGAAUUGCUAAAACAUCAUUAACAGUCAUUUAUUAUAGAAAUAAUAAGUCUUUUCAAUAAAUAGUUAGAAGAAAUAAGUUAAGAAGAAUAAUAAUAGUAAGAAUUAGUUUAGAUCGAAUUGUUAAAUAUAACAAAUAAUAACAUGCAAUAAUUAAAGAAAUAAUUUAAUAUAUAAGAUUGUAUAACUUCUGAAAAUCUUUUUAAUUGGGAUUCAUCUAUAUCUGAAAUAUAAUAGUUAAUUUAGAAUUUCAAAAAAAUAAACAAUAUUAUUUAAUAAAGAAAUGAAAACAUUUAAUUAACAUAAGUUUAAUUUCAAAAACCAAUGAUAGAAUUAGUGGAUGAUACAUUUAAUUCAAAUUAUUUUGAAAUAUAUUCUGAUUUGAAGAUUGAAUUGAUUAAUUUCUUAAGUAAGAUGGCUGAAUCAAAAUAGAUUAUUUUCAAUGAAAAUUUUUUAAGAUAAUUAUCAGAAGAACCUUGUCUUGAUUAGAAAACAACCAUAUAGAUUAUAUCUGAAGGUUCCUCUUUUUAUAUUAGAAGAGUAAUAAUGCUAAUUAAGAGUUUAUUAUUGACAAAGCAUAUACUUUUAUGCUCUAAAAUUUAAAGAUAGAAAAUAAUGUUUAAGAAGAUGGUUUUCUUGUAGAAUCUUCAUAUAAGGUUAGAGAAGCUACAGUAUUCAAUUUAAUUAAAAUGUAAUCAUUUUUGCAUGAACCUGUAAUUUAAGAAUUUUGUUAAUCACUCUUGAAAUAGAUAUGGACUAUUGAAAAGCAUGAUAGUGUAAAAAGUAUUUUAAAAAAAAAAGAAAUGAUUGAAAUGUAGAAAAAAUUAUUUUCUCAAGAUCUUGCCACAUUUUCAAAUAAAUUGAAGAUAGAAAUGCAAAAAAGAUUGAAAAGUAUAGAACAAUUAGAAACUUAAGUUUUAAUCAGCGAUAAUUAAGCAAUAAUGAAGAAUUAACUUCAAUAAGCUUAUGAAGAAUUUGAAAACUAUUUAGAUAAUGCUACGGAUAUGUCAUAAAGAAUGGAUAUUAGUCUAAUUUUUUUAAGAGAAAUUAGCAAAGAUCUAAAGUCAAUAAAAUCUUCAAUUGAUAUAGUUCUUUCAAGUGUUAAAGGAAUAGAAGAUGAUGUAAGAAGAUUAAGUGGUAAAAAUUAUCUUUAACUAUUAUAAAUUAGGAAAGAAAAAAUACUGAAAUAAAAAUAGGAAACAGAAUUAGAUUAAGUUCAUAUUUAAAUUACCACUUAAGAAUAUGACCCAGUCACAGGAAAGAAAAAAGAAAGUAUUAACAGAGUAUUAACUUCAUAUUUAUUGAAAUAAAAUAUAAUAAUUUUCAUGGAGAAAUUAAUGAAUUUUUGUGGUGUGAAAGUGAAAGGCAAAAAGAUGUUCUGCUUCUAAAAGGAAAAGCAGGCUAGGUAAAAGUAGAGCAUCAAGAAAUAUAGAGGAAUUUCUUUGGUAGAAUGAUGCUGUUCUUCCUUAUUGGAUUCCAAUCUAUAUUUCAUUACCAUCUUUAAAAGACCCAAAACAUAAUUUAUUAGAAUAAGCCUUAGAAUCACAGAAUUAUAAUUUCGAUAAGAUUUAAAUUAGAGAAUUAAAGAAGCUGUAUUUAAUGGAAAUCUAAAAAUUAUUUUGAUUUUAGAAAGCUAUGAUGAAAUGAAAUUUGAUUGCAUUUAAUCUAAUUUAUAUUAAACAAAUAGAUUGGCAUAAGAUCUAAAUCUUCAAAUUUCAGGACAAAAUGUAAAAUUAAUCAUAACUACAAGAGAAGAAAUUUUAACAUCAAUUAGAUAUUAAACAUGGUUUUAUGGUAAGAAUAUUGAAACUUUAAAAGAAGUAGAAAUACUACCAUUCACAUAAGAACAAAGUUUAGAAUAUAUUAGGUUAUAUUGUGAAGUCAGUGUUAAAAGAGCUAUUAAAAGAUUUUAUGAAUUUUUUAAAUAAUUAAGAGGAUAAACUAUAUCCACCAAUGAAUUCAAAGUAAUAUGGAGUACUUUGGAAGAAAAUAUUAACAUCAUUAUUAAUUAAAAAUAAAAUUAAGAUUUUUUAUUCAAUCCCUAAGAUGUAGAUAAAAUCAUUAUAAAACUAUAAGCAAUUGAAUUUUUUAAUCAUAUUAGAACAGAUUAAAUGAUUUCAUUGAAAAAAGAGCUUACUAAAUUAUGGGGUCAAUAAAAAUUUACAUAAGUAAUUAAAAAUGUGAAUAUUAAUCAUUUUAUGAGUACUCCAUUUAUGAUGGAAUUGAUUGUUUAUGUACUACCUAAGAUGACUUUGAUAUUUUCAGAACCUAAUUAUUUAAGAGACACUUUAAAAAAAUAAUAUUAAAGUUAAAAAAAGAAGCCUAUUUGUAAUAUUUAUUAAGAAAUUAUUAUAAGAAUUAAUAAGAAUAAAUAUAAAAUUAGGAUGUAUUUUAUGAAAUAAUCAAGUUUUCAUAAAAAUAGACUGAGUCUUAAAAUUUUAUAGAAUAAUUUUAAGCAAUAGAAAAUGAAUUAGAUAAUUAAAAUUUUUUUGAAAAUUUUUCAAUGGAUUAUCAAAUAGAAUUUUUGGGUUCUACUAAAAUAAUUUCAGGACAAGUGUUUAAUUUAACUAAAGAUGCAAAUUUUAUUGUUGGAGCAUUUAAACUUAACUAAUUUACUGCAUAUGACUUUUAUGAAACAUUUGUAUCAUUUUACCAUAUUCAACAACUUUAAAAUUAGAAAGACUUAGGGAAAAAUUUAAUUAUGA